GAUCUCGGUAAUGGGCAUGUUCUUUUUAGGGGUAGAACAAAAGACUUUUUUCUUAAGACCUAUAAAAACCAGUGUAAACACGCUUACACCCAUAUACAGACACCUGACAUCAAGCAGGGAUGGAGAUAGCAGCUCUUUUUGUUAGUUUGAUAUUGACUUUUUGUUUGUUUCACCUGACCACAGCUCUUGCCUUGGGUGUGUCCCUAGAUCCUUUCAAUCAAAAGAUUACACUUAUAGAUGAUCAGGUUGAUACUGUGGAUUCACCUGUAAAAUGCAAGCUGCAGAAUAGCACUCGUCCACCUGCAUUCUCAAUGGAUGGAGACUACAUUAUUGGUGGUAUUUUUUCCAUUCACUCCUACAUUCACACAGUUGACAGUAACUACACCACCAUGCCUGAGCCAGUAAGAUGCAAAGGGAGCAUUAAUACACGUGAGCUGCGCUUUUCACGUGCAAUGGUCUUUGCCAUCGAACAGAUUAACAACAACACAGAGCUGUUGCCUGGAAUCAAACUGGGGUAUCAGAUCUAUGAUUCAUGUGCAUCAGUGCUUGUGACGGUGCAUGUGGCAUUUCAGUUUUUAAAUAGCUUGGACCCUGUGUUUUACAUUGGCAAUAACUGCUCCCAAUCUGGUAUGGUGAUGGCUGUUGUUGGUGAGUCUGGGUCUACACCAUCCAUCAGCUUGUCACGAGUCAUCAGUUCUUUUAACAUUCCUCAAGUGAGCUACUUUGCCACAUGUGCAUGCUUGUCUGACAAGCAGCAGUACCCGAAUUUUUUCAGAACAAUCCCCAGUGACCAGUUUCAAGCUGGUGCACUAGCAAAGCUGGUAAAACAGUUUGGCUGGACUUGGAUAGGUGCUGUCCGGUCAGAUUCAGAUUAUGGAAAUAAGGGCAUGGCAUCUUUUCUAGAAGCAGCACAGAAAGAGGGGAUCUGUGUGGAAUACUCUGUAUCCUUCUAUCGGUCCCACCCACAGAGCAGGAUCCAGAGAGUAGCAGAUGUUAUCCGCAGGUCCACAGCUAUGGUUAUUGUGGCAUUUGCAGCUUUAGGAGACAUGAGGAUCCUGUUGGAGGAACUAUCACGUGAGCCUUUUCCACCUCGCCAGUGGAUAGGCAGUGAGUCAUGGGUAACCAGUCCAGAAUUAACAAAAUUCAGUUUCUGUGCUGGGGCCAUUGGAUUUGGGAUUCAGAAAUCUGUAAUCCCAGGUCUCAGAGAGUUUCUACUCAAUCUCUCACCCUCUCAAGUUGGUGCCUCUGCAGUGCUUACUGAGUUCUGGGAGGAUGCAUUCAACUGCAAAAUGAAAAAAAGUGCUGUUGGAGACAUGGAUAUGUGUAAUGGAACUGAAGAUAUACAGAAUCUCCAAAGCCAAUAUACUGACACAUCUCAGCUCAGAAUUACUAACAUGGUGUACAAGGCUGUGUAUGCAAUAGCACAUGCCAUUCAUAAUGCAGUAUGCCAUGGAAAAAAUGUCACAGCUCAGUGUAGAAAACUAACCAAGUUAGAGUCUAAACAGGUUUUGACUCAGAUGAAGAAAGUAAAUUUUUCCCAAAACAGAUAUGAUGUGUCAUUUAACGCUAAUGGGGAUCCUGUGGCUAUCUAUGAGUUGGUUAACUGGUGGAAAACUGAGACUGGCAUAACUGAGAUAGUAACUGUAGGGUUGUAUGAUGCAUCACUGCCAGCAGGCCAGGAGUUCCAGAUUAACAGAAGCAUAAACUGGAUGGAGGGUAGCACAAAAGUGCCGGUGUCAGUGUGCAGUGCCAGUUGUCCUCCAGGAACUCGUAAAGUGCUGCAGAAAGGAAAACCCAUCUGCUGCUAUGACUGUAUACCGUGUCCUGAGGGAGAGAUAAGUAAUAUUACAGAUUCGGCUGAUUGUUUACCAUGUCACAAGGAAUUCUGGCCUAAUAGAAAGAGAGACACUUGUAUCCCUAAGCCUGUAGAGUUUCUUUCAUUUCAAGAUCUCCUAGGAAUUAUCCUGGCUACACUCUCAGUUCUGGGUGCUUGUCUGGCCAUUAUGACUGCGGCUGUAUUCUUUCAUCACAGGACAUCUCCAAUUGUCCGAGCCAACAACUCUGAGCUGAGCUUCCUGCUGCUCAUCUCGCUGACUCUGUGUUUCUUAUGUUCAUUAACUUUCAUUGGAGCACCAUCUGAGUGGUCCUGCAUGCUGCGUCACACUGCAUUUGGCAUCACCUUUGUGCUCUGUAUUUCCUGUGUACUUGGGAAAACUAUAGUGGUUUUAAUGGCUUUUAAAGCUACACUUCCAGGAAGCAAUGUGAUGAAAUGGUUUGGUCCUCCACAACAAAGAAUGACUGUUGUGUCUUUCACCUUCAUUCAAGUUUUAAUAUGUACUGUAUGGUUGGUGCUUAGCCCUCCAUUCCCAAUUAAAAAUCUAACCACAUACAAGGAGAAAAUCAUACUGGAAUGUGCAUUAGGCUCUGCUGUAGGCUUCUGGGCUGUUCUUGGUUACAUAGGCCUACUUGCUGCCUUUUGUUUUGUUUUAGCUGUCUUAGCCCGCAAAUUACCUGAUAAUUUUAAUGAAGCCAAGCUUAUCACCUUCAGCAUGUUGAUAUUCUGUGCAGUGUGGAUCACCUUUAUCCCAGCAUAUGUAAGCUCUCCUGGGAAAUUCACUGUAGUUGUGGAGAUUUUUGCCAUUCUGGCCUCCAGCUUUGGACUAAUGCUGUGUAUAUUUGCUCCAAAGUGUUUCAUCAUAAUAUUUAAGCCUGAGAAGAACACCAAGAAAUACGUCAUGAAUAAGGAUAGGAUUUAGAGGUUUCGCACUUAAAAUGGCAACAGUAGUUUCAAAAUAUACACCUUCAACACAAUCAGCAAAUCACUUGAUUUUCAGUUUUAAGUGAAAUCAAAUAUUUACCUUAAGAUUUUCAAAAUGUCAAUUUCUGAAUUUCUGAAUCAUUUACUAUUUUUCAAUGCAAUUGAUUAAGGUAAUUUUUUUUUCAAGGCACAA